GUGAAGCGAAAAGAAGGACGGCUAUAUUUCGACGAAUAUAGUUUCGACGGAGUUUCCCGAAUUCCUAUUGUAGCUUUUUCAAACAAUUCGAACGUUUUUGCACGAUUUUGAUAUGAUUCACAAAUGAUCUCUAUUAUCUGAUCUGUAUUUUUUUUAUUUUUACCAAGCUAAAUUUUUUAAAGACUAAACCUUCAGCUUCCUUAAAAAAUUUGAACGCUAAGACAGAAUACAUGGAAGAUAUCGCUAUUUUUUUUGUAACUCGUAAUAAUUCUGCGUCGUAACCUUCGCUCGUGUAACAGCCCUUUUAUCACAGGUGUCGAAUCACAGAGGGCAAAAUGAUUAAUCGCCGCUUGUGGAACAAUGUUUUCUUACAACAAUAUGUAUUUUAAUACGUAAUGUUGAAUGAGAUCAGCGAUGCGUGAUUCAUGAUCUGCUCGCACCGGUGAUUCCUGAUUAUUGACCUUCGUUGGCUAUUUGUCAAUGAGAUUUAUCGGGGAUGGCCUUGCUCUUUCUGCGCGCACCGAGGUAUGGACGCGGAGGGAGAAAGAGCAAGGCCUGAAGGAGAAGCGCUGGGAAUACCGCGCCGGGCGCUAUUACCUGGCGAGCACGUGCUACGUGAAUUGUUACACCUGCACGUAAUUAUAAUCGGAAACAAUUUGCUCCUCUAUUUUUUUCCCCCCCGCGCGCUCCCGUGCCAGAUGUUUUACACGUACACACAGCUUCGGGAAGUCUGGCACGAGUGUUUUCCAAGAGCGUCGUUUCUAGCGCGCCGUGAAAGGUCAUGCAUUAUAUUACUCGUCCGGUAGGAUGCACAAGCUAAUACGUUUCCCUCCAAGUUACGAAAAAACGGAAAUAGCGUACUGCUUCGCGCUGACGCAUUUAUGUGUAUUAUAUAUAUAAAUUCCGCACUCCGUGCUUUAUUUGUUGUGAGUCAGUUUCGUUCGCGAGGGUGUGUGAUCGGCUCUUUCUGUCUCUUCGAUCUCUUUCAAUCAAGAUGAAUAACGCUCUGCUGUUUUUGCUGUCGUUGUACCAGCUGUUGCAGCAGGGGUUCGUCCUCGCGCAGAUCACCUUUGGGAACUCACCUCCCCUAACACAGCCGUCACAGCCACAGGCAGCUGUGUCACCUUAUAUCGUGAAUCAAGGUUGUUCUUGCUAUCCUGGAACUACCUGUCCCACGGGCACUGGCGGCAUUGACAUUAGAAUAGUGAAUACGGGAUCGCCUUGUCCUGCUGGAUAUGUAUACUGCUGUACAUCCGGCGGCGGUACAAAUAAUCCUUAUUGCGGCGUUCAAAAAAUUGCACCUACCGCGCAUCCGGUGGGACAAGCCCCUUACGGUGCAUAUCCCUGGAUGGUGGUUAUUUUGACCACCGGCAACUCUUAUGUCGGAGGAGGAGUGCUUAUCAGUCCAAUGCAUGUUCUCACCGUCGCUCAUAAAGUGGCCGGUUACGUAAAUGCCGCGGGCGGGAUCAAAGCGAGACUGGGUGAUUGGGACGUUCAAACUCAAACUGAACCUAAUCCAUUUGUAGAUAUCAUCGUCUCAAGGGUCACUUUGCACCCCUCAUACAAUUCGCAAAAUUACCUUCAGAACGAUAUAGCGGUGCUUAGACUAAGCUCGGCUGCUCCUAUCACAACUGCUCCUAACAUUAAUACGGCGUGUUUGCCAAAUUCAGCAGUGCCUGCGGGAACAAGAUGCUGGGUGUCGGGCUGGGGAAAGCAAGCCUUUGUAGGCGGAACGAAUCCGAGUAUCCUGAAAGAGGUGGAUGUGCCUGUGCUGAGUCAACCGGAUUGCCAGGCGGCCCUUCGAAGGACCAGACUCGGUGGUGGCUUCGUCCUGGACAACAGUUUUAUGUGCGCGGGAGGGGAACCUGGCAAAGACGCGUGCACUGACGAUGGAGGUUCACCGAUGGUGUGCUCAAAUAACGGACCUUAUCAAGUUGUUGGACUGGUGACGUGGGGAAUAGGUUGCGCAGGUGCAGGGGUACCCGGUGUAUAUACUAACGUGUUCAAUUUCCGUGCCUGGAUCGAUCAACAGCUACUGACGUAGCUCUUGAAACAUAAGCGCUAAUAUUAAUAUUAAUUUUAAAAAUAUUGAUUAAACAAGAAAACUAUAUUCAUAACAAGUUAAAUCUUGUAAAAAAUGUGCAAUAAAUUAUUGAUAUACAUUGA